AUGUUCACCCCAGUCCAGACCUCGCUGGGGGCUCUACUGCUGUUUCACGGGUCAUCGGGGCUGCUCUUUCACAAUGGAGUGGUUUUUGGCAUCUCCUCCCUCGUGUCGGGCUGUAUAUUCAACCCUAGCCGGGAUAAUGUGCCGAUUGUCGCCGGCUUGAUGUCGAGUAUUAUACCGGUCUGUCUGUUCGCACCAUCUCUCAUUCCGGACUACCCUGCAUCUCCGAACUCGCUUGGAUCUUUGGCGGCCACGAUGGGCGUUGGGUUCCUUCUGGGCUGGGGAACAAAGAAUGGUCGGGGUUGCACUUCGGGCCAUAUGCUCUGUGGAUUGUCCCGUCUUUCCCCACGCUCCCUCAUAGCAACGGCAGUCUUCUUUACCACGGCCCUAGUGACGGCGAAUAUCUCUGGCGCGUUCCCAUCUUGCGGUACGAAACCAUGCUACACUGCCGUUUCUCCCACCGGUGCCGAAUUGGUCUUUAUGGGCAGUGCAGUGGUUUUGGCGGGCAUCACGAACAUGGUGGUUGUUCCUAAGGCAUUGUCUCGGUCAGAAAACUCUCAAUCUAUCUUUUCAUAUCUUGCGGGGUUGGAGUUUGGCUUGGGCUUGUUGAUCUCGGGCAUGGCAGAUUCCGCCAAGGUGCUGCGAUUUUUUGCAUUUCCCACCGACAUCUCUAGAUUUGAUCCAUCUUUAGCAUUGAUCAUCGUGUUUGGCAUUGGUCCAUCCUUAUUGGCAUUUCUAACACAAGGGCCAGGUCAAGCCACCGAGAACCGGCCGAAGACGAAGCCUACCUUGAGCGACCAUUGGAAGCUCCCGACAGCGACAGUGGCGGACAUCGAUUGGCGAUUUCUCGCCGGCGCGGCAGCCUUUGGCGUUGCUUGGGGUCUUCGGGGCGUCUGUCCGGGGCCUGCUCUCUUGCGCGGUGCCUUUCAACCCCUUUGGGGCGUUGCGACGUUGGGUGGGUAUAUCCUCGGCAACUUAUUCUAG